AUGCCGGCAGCCAACAUGAUGGAGAGUCUGCAGCCGCCCGCCCUGCAGGUGCCCGAGCCGCUGGGCGCACCCGAGGGCAGCCCGGUCUGGUCCAGCUCGUCGACCCCCACGCUUCGCCGCCGGCGCUUCAAGAUGCGCCGCACCAAGAACGUGCAGGAGCCGAGCCUGGAGGCCGGGCUGAGCGGGGACCUGCCCGGCGUCUUGGCGCCCGGCAAGGAAUUCCUGCAGCUGCCAUCCAUCGAGAUCACGCCCUCCAGCGACGAGGACACACCGUGGUCCAACUGCUCCACGCCCAGCGCUUCCCCGCGCCGCAAACGCUUCCUCCUGCGCAAGUGGCUGCGGGUGAGGGAGCGGAAGGAGUGCAGCGAAAGCAGCAGCCAGCAGAGCAGCCAGCAGAGCAGCCAUGACGAUGACUCCAGCAGGUUCCUGAGUCCUCGCGUGCGGGAAGAAAGCACUGCCAGUAACUCCAACCGCAGCACGCCAGCCUGCUCCCCGAUCCUCCGGAAGCGGUCUCGCUCACCAACCCCGCAGAACGUAGAAGGAGACACCAUGGUGGAGAAGGGCUCAGAUCACUCCUCGGACAAGUCGCCGUCCACUCCGGAGCAGGGCGUGCAGCGCAGCUGCUCCUCGCAGUCCGGCCGCAGCGGUGGCAAAAACUCCAAGAAAAGCCAGAGCUGGUACAAUGUGUUAAGCCCCACAUACAAGCAGAGAAAUGAAGACUUCAGAAAGCUCUUUAAGCAACUUCCAGACACGGAGCGCCUCAUUGUUGAUUACUCCUGUGCACUCCAAAGAGACAUUCUUCUUCAGGGCCGCCUCUACCUCUCCGAAAACUGGAUCUGCUUCUACAGCAACAUCUUCCGCUGGGAAACUCUGCUAACUGUGCGUUUGAAAGACAUCUGCUCCAUGACUAAAGAAAAGACAGCUCGCCUCAUCCCCAAUGCCAUCCAAGUUUGCACUGACUCAGAAAAGCACUUUUUCACUUCGUUCGGGGCCCGGGACCGGACGUACAUGAUGAUGUUCCGGCUCUGGCAGAAUGCUCUCCUGGAAAAGCCACUGUGCCCCAAGGAGCUGUGGCACUUCGUCCACCAGUGCUACGGGAACGAGCUGGGCCUGACCAGUGACGACGAGGACUAUGUGCCUCCUGAUGACGACUUCAACACGAUGGGCUACUGUGAGGAGAUCCCUGUAGAGGAGAAUGAAGUGAAUGACAGCUCGUCCAAAAGCAGCAUAGAGACCAAGCCAGAUGCCAGUCCCCAGCUGCCCAAGAAAUCCAUCACCAACAGCACACUGACGUCCACGGGGAGCAGUGAAGCGCCCGUCUCGUUUGAUGGCCUGCCCCUGGAGGAGGAGGUGCUAGAGGGUGACGGGUCUCUGGAGAAGGAGCUCGCCAUCGACAACAUCAUCGGGGAGAAGAUUGAGAUCAUCGCGCCCGUGAACUCCCCUUCGCUGGACUUCAACGACAAUGAGGACAUCCCCACUGAGCUCAGUGACUCUUCCGACACCCAUGAUGAAGGGGAGGUCCAGGCCUUCUACGAGGACUUGAGUGGCCGGCAGUACGUGAACGAAGUCUUCAACUUCAGCGUGGACAAGCUCUAUGACCUCCUGUUCACUGACUCACCCUUCCAGCGGGACUUCAUGGAGCAGCGACGCUUCUCAGAUAUCAUCUUCCAUCCGUGGAAGAAGGAGGAGAAUGGAAACCAGAGCCGAGUGAUCCUUUACACCAUCACCCUUACCAACCCUUUGGCCCCCAAAACUGCCACCGUCAGGGAGACACAGACCAUGUACAAGGCGAGCCAGGAGAGCGAGUGCUACGUGAUCGACGCCGAGGUCCUCACGCACGACGUGCCGUAUCACGACUAUUUCUACACCAUCAACCGCUACACGCUCACCCGCGUGGCCCGCAACAAGAGUCGACUCAGGGUCUCCACAGAGCUACGCUAUCGGAAACAGCCCUGGGGGCUGGUGAAAACGUUCAUCGAGAAGAACUUCUGGAGUGGGCUGGAGGACUACUUCCGCCACCUGGAGAGUGAGCUGACCAAAACAGAGAGCACCUACUUGGCGGAGAUGCACAGACAGUCUCCUAAAGAGAAGGCCAGCAAGCCCCCAACGGUGCGGAGGAGAAAACGGCCCCAUGCCCACCUGCGGGUGCCACACCUGGAGGAGGUGAUGAGCCCCGUCACCACGCCCACUGAUGAGGACGUGGGCCACAGGAUUAAACAUGUGGCAGGUUCCACGCAGACGCGGCACAUCCCUGAGGACAGCCCCAACGGUUUCCACCUGCAGAGCGUGUCCAAGCUGCUGCUGGUUAUCAGCUGUGUUCUGGUGCUGCUGGUCAUCCUCAACGUGAUGCUCUUCUACAAACUCUGGAUGCUGGAGUACACCACCCAGACCCUCACUGCCUGGCAGGGUCUCCGGCUCCAAGAAAGGUUACCCCAGUCCCAGACAGAGUGGGCCCAACUCUUAGAGUCCCAGCAAAAGUACCACGAUACUGAGCUCCAGAAAUGGAGGGAGAUCAUCAAAUCCUCGGUGAUGCUUCUUGACCAGAUGAAGGACUCACUCAUCAAUCUUCAGAAUGGCAUCAGGUCCCGAGACUACAUGUCAGAAAGCGAAGAGAAGAGGAACCGGUACCACUGACAAGGCAGGAGCUGGGGUGUCUGCAGG